CACCACUUCGAUGAAUUUGAAUUGACAGCUGUCCGGUGAAUAGACUGAAGUGCUGGAUAGAUAGCAGCUCUUCAUUGCAAUAUUUCCAUUAAACAUAACGUUUCAGGCUGGCAAGAGGUCCAGGUGUGAGUGCUGGCACACACGAUGGACAGUUUGGCUGAUUUGGGUGCAGCAUUAUCCGAGCGCAUUGCAGAGCUUCAACGUCUCAGCUCUCUCCGUUUGGAUGAUCAAACCAAGGAGUAUUAUCACCAGGAUCUGUUAGGCCUCGAGGCAAAUGUGCAGGCCUUGGAGGAGCAGGUCGCGGCAUUGAAGGCCUUUGUUCAGAGCGAGUUGUCUGUCAUGCCGAAGGUGGAGGCCCUGAUUGAAGCCAGCCGGAUCCAGAGCGAGCGUACGAACAUCGUCGCCAAAAACCUGCCUGCGCGCCUUCCACGGCAGGUGGCCUGCAGCGUGCAAGGUGUCUCACUUGCACCGUCUCGCCCCGGGGCGGUUGGAGCUGGGCAGCUGGAUGCUUUGCAGACAGGCUCCAAACUGGCCGCGGGCGGAACUGCCGCUGGUACGGGUGUCACUGUAAAUGGUGGUGAAGAUGCCGGCCGGCGGCGGAAAGAAGCGCCACGCUGGUACGUCACGGAGCGGGAGUUCGAGGCCGCGUCGUCAUACCUCCGUGGCCGCCUCCAGACCGAUAAGGUAAACGCUGCACUGGAUGAGCUUGCCGGCCACGCACUGAACAACUCCAAGUUAAUCGCGGCGGUUAAGGGAGGGGGGACUAAGCUGGCGCCGGCGGAUCGCAAACGAGCGACUGAGCUGUUGCACAGCGUCGCGAUGAAGGAUGGCAUCAAGGGUCACUACUGGUUCCUGGAGUCGGACCUGCGCGAAGGCACGGCGAUUAAGCUGGAUAAGACGGGCAAGUCGAUGCUUACGUUGUUGCGACACCUCGGCCGCCUACAGGAGGCGGCGAUCUGCCACAGCCUCUCUGUGCCGCUUGAGGAUCCAUCCAGCAAGGACGCUACCCAGCCACGGGGCACCGGCGGCCGAACUGAACGAUCCAGGCCGCCAAACAUGUCGCGACUCGUCAUGCGGACGCGAGAGUGCGAAAGCAACGUCAUGCCGUCGGCAGCGAUGAAUACGGCAUCAUGCGCUACGUACGACAACGCAAGGCGUUGCUUAUCUCUAGACAUCCCAGCGGCCGCAUUAUCAUCGCCAGCUUCUCUGAAUUCCUGCCGCAAGCCACGAGCACUAGUACCGUCAUUGAUGGCCAGCGCUGAUGUAAGCGGGGAGAUCCGAUCCUCAGAGCUGCAGAGCCUGUCCCCCCGUUACUCUAUGGAUAUGACGACUUUGGAGACGCCGUCAGCCGGUGGCGCACCGCCGGGCACCCUGCCAUCCCACUCGACGCUGCUGGCGCUCUGUCCCGGUGUUCCAGGUGCCAUGCGCAGGCAGAGGUGGUGCAUCGAGGAUUACCAGAUAGGUCGCAAGCUGUAUAAAGGCGCGACCUCAUCCGUUUACAAGGCCACUUGUCGGCACUCCUCUCUGCCAGUGGCCCUCAAGGUAUACUUCCUAUCUAAGGUCCCCCGAAACGUCAUCCACAUGAUUGUGCGCGAGAUUAAGAUCCACGUGGAGCUCGUACACAAACACAUCGUUAUGCUGUACGGCGCUUUCCAGAAGCGAUUGGUGCUCGUCCAGGAGUACGCCGGGCGGGGCGACCUGUACGGCAUUUACCGUUCACUCAACCGCCGCAUGACGGAGGCCCACCUGGUGUUUCUGGUCCUGGCGCCCUUCAUGGACGCACUCUCGUACCUUCAUGCCAAGGGCAUCUGCCACCGGGAUAUCAAGCCUGAGAACAUUUUGUUCACAAACGACUGGCGGCUGCUGUUGGCGGAUUUCGGCGUCAGCAUUGACCUGAACCAGGAGCGAGCCGUCACCCGCGCCGGCACAUUGGAGUACAUGGCGCCCGAGGUGGAGCGCUGCCCCCUCAAAAUGCUGCCCGAGGAAAACAAAGAGAAAAUGGACCUGGCGUACACAACAGCCGUGGACAUUUGGGCUACCGGUGUACUGGCGUACGAACUGCUGGUGGGCUUUGCCCCCUUCGUGGGAGAGCGACCACAGGCGCCCACGACCACGACGCACGCUGCUGUGGGCCCCAUUUCGCCCAAGUUUGCUGGGGGGAAGAACAUGAGCUUUCCCUCGUCCACCUCCCCCCACGCCCGCGACUUCAUCAGUUUGGCGCUGGCUGAGGCCCCGGAGGACCGACCCACAUCACUGCAGCUGAGCCGCCACCCCUGGCUCGGGUCGCUCAUGCAGCAGGAUUCCCUCAACCCGUUGGAGUCGGUUCAUAGCCGGAAGUCCACGGAAGCUGUCCGAGUCAUCGAGGGCAAUGGUGACCGCCGGCGGGCAGGUCCAGCAGCCGCUGAUCGGAUCUGA